AUGACGAAGCUGUUUGCCCCGGUGAAGCUGGGCAAAGAUGAGUUGGCCCACAGAGUUGUCAUGGCACCACUAACCAGAUACCGCUGUGACGACGAUUGGGUCCCCUUACCGAUCGCAAAGGAGUACUACAGCCAACGAGCUUGCAUACCCGGCACUCUAAUCAUCAGCGAAGCCACUGUGAUCUCACUACGGCAUGCGGGACGACGCAACGUCCCGGGGUUGUGGGCUCCAGCGCAAAUUGCUGCGUGGCGAGAGAUCACAAACGUUGUUCACGCCCAAGGCUGCAGGAUCUGGUGCCAACUUUGGGCCCAAGGCCGGGCUGGCCACGCUGAUGUUCUCGAGGGGGUGGGCUCGAAGUUGAUGUCCUCCUCCGCUAUACCGCUCAGUGGCGAUGGCAAGCCCGUGCCUGUCGAGAUGACCGAGGACGAUAUUCAAGGCACCAUCAAUGAUUAUGUUACUGCUGCGAGAAACGCCAUUGAGGCCGGCUUUGAUGGCGUUGAAGUGCACGGCGGUAACGGGUACCUGCCUGACCAAUUCUUACAAGACACCUGCAACAAGCGUACAGAUGGCUGGGGCGGUACCAUCGAAAAGCGCUGCCGAUUUCAUCUGGCACUUAUGGAAGCUCUCGUUGCUGCUGUCGGUGCCGAAAGGACAGCCGUUCGUCUAAGCCCCUGGAGUGACUUUCUGGACAUGCUUAUGGACGACCCGCUCCCGACAUUCACCCAUCUGGUUUCGGAGCUCAAGAAGAUGAAGCUCGGUUACCUUUCGCUUAUCGAGGCGCGCAUCUCGGGCAACGAUGACACAAAUGUCGCUAAAGACAAGGAUGUCAGUUUCCUUGUCAAGCUGUGGGACAAUAUCAGUCCAGUCAUUCUCGCCGGCGGCUUCAACACAGAAAGCGCCAAGGAUACAGUGGACGUCAAGUACGCCGACUACGAUGUGGCGAUUGCCUUUGGUAGAUACUUCGUGUCGAAUCCCGACCUGGUAUACCGAGUCCAGGAGACCAUUGCAAUGACGAAGUAUGAUCGUGCGGUCUUCUAUACGCCGAAGUUGGCGAAGGGUUAUGUGGACUGGGAUUUCUCCCCGGAGUUCGUCGCGGCAAGAACCUCCAGGAUAGUAGCAUAG